GUCUAUCUCAACGGCCCAUUACUUGUCCAAUACUCUACGUCAAAAAGUGUACAGGUGCCCAUAUAAAGAAAACUGUGUUGCGGAUAUAUGGGAGAAUUAUUCGUUUUAUAGAUGAAAUGUGUUUGGAGCAUGCAAUCCAUCCAUAAACUGUCACUAAGGUUUCAGUUCAUUGAAGAAUCACCUCAGAGUGGCCGACACAAGUCUAGCUAUAUAGUGAACUACAUUUCUUCUUCUUUGUAUGUGCUCUGUGGUGGUCUUUUAUACCAUUAGAUUCUCAAUUCUGUUGAGAGCUUCAUGGAUUACUUUGUAAGAGACUCUAUUUUUCUUCUCGUAUUAGGCGUUGUUUUAGAUUUCUCCGUUGGUGCUAUGCCCGUGUCCUUUUCUGAGGAAUUUGAGGUUACAUCAAGGGAGGACCAUGUGAGAAUAAUGGCUGAUAACUACUCCGUUCAGCUCACACUAGAUAGAAAUGGAGAUGCCAGGUUUGCUUCUAAGCAUGAGUAUAUGUUUGGGCUUGUAAGUGCGAAGAUUAAGCUCGUUGCAGGCGAUUCAGCGGGGACAGUGACUACGUUUUACUUGAGCUCAGACAGAGACAUAGUACGAGAUGAAGUAGAUUUCGAGUUUCUAGGAAACAGAUCAGGCCAGCCUUACACUGUCCAGACCAACGUGUAUGCCCAUGGAAAGGGUGACAGAGAGCAAAGGGUCAAUCUCUGGUUCGACCCUUCUCUGGAUUUCCACACAUAUUCAAUCUUCUGGAAUCACAAUCGUAUCAUAUUCUCUGUGGAUAAGAUGCCCAUACGAGUGUUCAAGAACAACAGGGUAAAAUUGGGUGUUCCAUUUCCUAACAACCAAGGCAUGCGAAUAUAUUCUACUCUGUGGAAUGGCGACCAAUGGGCAACAAGAGGAGGCUUGGAGAAGAUAGAUUGGAGCAAAGCGCCUUUCCAUGCAUACUAUAAGGAUUUCACCAUCGAAUCCUGCAGAGUCCCAAUCAAUGCAAGCUGUCCAUCGAAUCCUAGCAAUUGGUGGGAAGGGACGAUCUACAGGCAACUAAGUCCCUUUCAAGAGAAGUUGUACAGGUGGGUACGAGUGAAUUACAUGAUUUAUGACUAUUGUACCGACAGGUUCCGGUUUCCAGUCCCCCCUCCGGAGUGCACUGCUGGCGUUUGAAAUGCUAAUACAAAGCUACUCUGCACCCAUUGCACUGACCAAGAAAUGGGCAUAUAGCGAAAAAGGUUCAACUGAUUACAGAUGUAUAGAAAGCAAUGGGAUACUGACUAAAUUAUAUACGAUGUAAAAGGUAGUGUGGCAGAAAAGAUAUCGAAGAAUCUCCUUAGAAUGUAUAAGCUUUGACCAAAAUAAUUUAU